AUCUAGACUACGGGCAUGUACCGACAGCUGCUUGGCAACCUGCUAACGUACAAGUGCAGUAGCUCGCAGCGGGGGAACGUUCGCUACAGCCUUCUGCAAGCGGGAGUUCAGUUCUGUGAUGGACGGAUAUGGAGAUUGGUGAACCCGCACGGUCAAAAAUCAGCCAUGGAUACUAGCUGUGAUGGCGUCAGGCUUAACGGGCAUUCACGUGGUGACGGCCUUUACACGCUUGCACUGGCUAGUAGUGACACUCAAUACAAGGCGUUCUGCGAUAUGACAACGGAGGGUGGUGGAUGGACGCUGUUCGCCACGAAGGCAUCCUACAACUUUGACUACAUAUCACCAGCAUUCAAUCCGUUGGCUGCAAGGGCUCAGGACUUUGACGCGGCCGGCUGUAUUCCCACGGACAACUACACGCAAGUUUUGUUCAGGUUCCGCGAUGACGACGGUUCUCGAAUCGUCUACACACGUGGGGUUGGCAAGAUGGACGGAAACAAGGAAAAUUUUGAGAACCUUCUGCGCUGCGACACAGCUUCUAGUGACAGAGUUGCCAGCGUGGACGGAUUUUACAGGACCACUCCUCAGAUCAACAAAGGCAAGCGUGACCCAAGUAUCAAUUUCAAAACCCUGGCCCGACUCCAUAUGUACACUAAGAAUGGUAUUUCAGAUGAUCAUGGACAGUCGAAUCAGUGGCUCGACCUCUGGACGGUUCCUGGCGGAAGUAAGUUCUUUUCAGCGGACGAUGCAAAGGCGAAGGGAACCAAGUGCGUGGCUGGCACGUGUCGCCUUCAAGAGCCAGUAUACUUGAUGUAUCGCUGAUAUUUUCACAGAGUAUUCAAUCUGCAUAAAGCGAAUGCACUUCUGCUUACAAUCGUUGCCUCAAUGAUAUCUCAUUCGAAUAUUCGGUUAUUAGCUCUCCGCCUCUCUUUCAAGUAACUAUCCAUUGAUUAUCGUUUCUCUUUUUUAGAUUUCCUCUUUUUCAAAGUAGAAAUGUGGAAAACAGUGGGGCACAAGAUAAUUUUUCUUUGCAUUGUUGCGGUCGACGAUCAUGUGCAUCGGCGGUGCCCUAUCGUCAUAUCACCGUCCUGUGAAUGCAUUGCGAGAGUUGGCAAUCUCGGAGGGCCGGCUGUGGGGUUUUGGAGACGAUGGUGGGCAGAACACUGCCCUUGUAUUUUCCUUUUUUUUGUUGUUGUUUUUUUGUUUUGUUUUUUGUUUUUUCCUCGUUUUUUACGUUUUUUUCACACAUACAAUUGUUUUCAUUUUUUGGUGUUGUGUUCUAAUCAUUCGCCGUGCCACUGUCAAUUGUAUUCUGUUUGCCCGUAAAAGAGGCCUUUGCAUGCUGCGUGUGCUGAAGAUAA